AUGGUGGAAAUAGGGUUUAAAAGCAAGCUUAAUUCAAGCCACCUAGUCAUAUCUGCUUCUUUAGACCGGUUUGACAUGAGUGUCAAUAGAGGAUGGUCACCUCUUUGCCAGUUCCUCUUGGCCUUGUGCCUCUGUGAGCGGAGGCGUUUGCUCAUUCAGCUGGAGGCAGCCAAGAGUGCCAAAGCCUCCCCUGUAGGUGGGAAGAGCUCUGCCAAAGCCCCAGCUGUCACGGGCAACACGGUGACCUACGAGCUGCAUUCCCGUCCAGAGCAGGACAAAUUCUCUCUGGCUGCUAAGGUCGCAGAUCUGGAGAAGCGCUUGGCUGAGUUGGAGACCACCGUUCGCUGUGAACAGGAUCCCCAGAAUCCUUUGACUGUUGGACUGCAGGGAGCCAGUCUUAUGGAAACGGUAGAGAUUUUGCAGGUGAAAGUCAGCACCCUAGAUAUGGCAUCCCUGGACCAGGUGGAGGCAAGGCUACAGAGCGUCUUGGGAAAAGUGAAUGAGAUUGCCAAGAACAAGGGAACGGUGGAGGAUGCAGACACCCAAAGCAAGGUGCACCAGCUGUAUGAGAUCGUGCAGCGCUGGAGCCCUCUGGCCAGCUCCCUCCCUGAGGUGGUGCAGCGCAUGGUUACUGUGAGACAGUUGCAUGAGCAAGCCAUGCAGUUUGGGCAGCUCCUGACUCAUUUGGACACUACUCAACAGAUGAUUGCUAAUUCUUUGAAGGAUAACGUCACUCUCCUGACACAGGUUCAGAAGACCAUGAAGGACAACCUGGCUGCUGUCGAGGACAACUUUGCCAGUAUGAAUGCACGGGUGCAGAAACUUUCUAAAUGAACCCCCCCUUAACUCCAUCUACUAAGACCAGGCAGAAAAGGUUUGUCUGCCGGUAAAAAAACCACACUAACCACUCCGUCCUUUCCUUACCACUGUACCUUUUUUCUUGCGUGCUCUUAGCAGGAGUUCAGCCUUCACGCAAGAUGGAGGUCUGAGUGCUCCUUGGUUUCCAGAGGGCAGAACGCUGUCCCCUUCCAGCAUUUUGCUGUCCCCGUGGCGAUUCUGACUGCAGAAAACCGCGCUACAUUCCCAACGGGAGGGUGGGUCGUAGCUCCGGAGGGACCCCGUCUUUGCAUAACUUCCUGGGGAGAUUCAUUCACUGCUUGGCUCAGGUGCCUCUAAGAAAGACGUUGUUCCCCCAGCCUGGCAUGGAGGCCAAUUGUAUUGGUGUAUAAUUAUUUACUGUCAUUAAACACUUGUGCUUA